AAAAUGUUAUUAGUUUACCAGGUCAUCCAUCUCAACACCCCAAGGAAUGAACCUUCCAAUUGAAUAAAUCUUUCAUAACUUUAAAGGUCCAUCAUAUAAAGAUCAAGAGUAUAUGUAAGCAUUCAUAGCUUCAGCCAUGGCAGAAUUCCAAGACUAUGUCAUUUACUUCCUCGUUUGGCUUAUUUCUACUGUUCUGAUACGAAUAUUUUUAAAAAAACAAAGCACUUCAGGCCUUCCUCCAAGCCCUCUAGCCUUACCAGUUAUUGGUCAUCUCCACCUCCUUGCACCAAUACCUCACCAAGCUCUAGCCAAGCUGUCGCAACGUUAUGGACCAUUGAUUCACUUAUUUCUUGGUUCAGUCCCUUGUGUAGUUGCUUCCUCACCUGAAAUGGCUAAAGAGUUCUUGAAAACUUACGAAAGUUCCUAUUCCAAUCGACCACAAAUUUUUGCUGUUGAUUACCUAACAUAUGGUUCUCAAGACUUCUCAUUUGCACCUUAUGGACCUUAUUGGAAGUUCAUGAAGAAACUAUGCAUGUCUGAACUUCUUGGUGGCCAAACAUUAGAGCUGUUACUUCCUGUUAGACGAUCUGAAAUGAGAAGUUUUGUAGAAUUUUUGUCGAGCAAGGCCAGUGCAGGCAAGUCUGUUGAUAUUGGAGGAGAGCUUAUUAGAUUGACGAAUAAUGUAAUUUCAAGAAUGAUUAUGAGUGAAAGGUGUUCGGAAGAUGAAGACGAAGCUGGAGAUGUCAGGAAAUUGGUUCAAGAGAUUGCUGAGCUCACUGGGAGGUUUAAUCUGACGGAUUUUAUUUGGUUUUGUAAGAAUUUGGAUUUGCAGGGAUUCAGAAAGAGGCUUAAGGAGGUUCGUGACAGAUUUGACUCGAUGAUGGAAAGGAUCAUUGAUGAACAUCAAAAUUCAGGCCGGAAACUGAAGCUAGAGAAUGAGGAAGGAGAAGGCGUAAAAGAUUUGCUGGAUAUUUUACUUAACAUAUCAGCAAAUGAGAUCUCGGAGAUGAGUUUGACAAGAGAGAACAUAAAAGCUUUUAUCCUGGACAUAUUUGCUGCAGGAACUGAUACAUCAGCAAUCACAACAGAAUGGGCUUUGGCAGAAUUAAUCAACCAUCCCAACAUAUUGCAUAAAGCCCAGCAUGAAAUUAAUUCUGUUGUUGGCAAAAACAGACUUGUAGAAGAAUCAGACAUUUCAAACCUUCCAUACCUUCAAGCCAUUGUUAAAGAAACGCUAAGGCUUCAUCCAACAGGACCAUUAAUUGUCCGAGAGUCAUCUGAUGAUUGCAACGUUGCAGGUUACCACAUUCCAGCUAAAACAAGACUUUUUGUCAAUGUUUGGGCCAUUGGUAGGGAUCCAGAACACUGGGAAAAUCCGCUGGAGUUCCGGCCAGAAAGGUUCUUGAAUGAGGAUGGUAAUUUGAAAGCACAGUUAGAUGUAAGGGGACAACAUUAUCAUUUGUUGCCAUUUGGGAGUGGUCGAAGAGGAUGUCCCGGAACUUCUUUGGCAUUGCUGGUUGUUCAGACAACCUUAGCUGCCAUGAUUCAGUGUUUUGAGUGGAAAGUUGAAGGGAAUGGGACUGUGAAUAUGGAAGAAGGACCUGGUCUAACACUUCCAAAGGCUCAUCCUUUGAUUUGUUUCCCUGUGGCUAGACUCAACCCAAUUCCAUCUAUGUAAUCCUUCAUCUUUAAGCUUUGAUUGAAAAUUUGAAUAAGGAUGAAAUCUACUUACACAAGGUGUAAAUCUGAAUUUCAAUAUAUCAGCAAUAUAAUGUUCAGUGUGAAUUAAUCAAUCUUUUGUUUAAGCUAGCAAAUUCAUU